GAAACAAGCGACUGAAGCCGCGAGAGGCUCGAAAAACCGCUGGAAGUGAGCUCAGCCGCUUUCGCUCAUUUGAAGCUACGCAGCUUAGAGAACACGAAGGAGACGAAAAGAGCUAGUUUCAACUCAAGAGACCCGGCUUCUUCUUCACCUUCGGUUUCACUUAAAUGGAUGCAAUGACGGACUCGGCCGUGGACAGCAAGGCGGAGGUUAAGCAAGGCACGAAAUAUGUGAAGGAGACGGAGAACGUGGCGGAGAAAUAUUCCGCGUUGACCGUCAGCAAGAACAGCAGCGACGUGAACAUGAACGUCGGAGAGAUGCCCUCCGCAGCCUUCACCGCAGUACCGACGCUGAAAUCCGUGAAGAAGAUUCAGUUUGCAAAUGCGGAGGACAAACAGGAGUUUAGCAAGUUUCCGACUAAAGCGGGCCGCCGCUCUCUCUCCAGGUCCAUCUCGCAGUCAUCCACAGACAGCUACAGCUCAGCUGCAUCUUACACCGACAGCUCGGAUGAUGAAACCUCCCCCCGGGACAAAGCCCAGGUCAACACCCACGGCAGCACCGACUUCUGCGUAAAGAACAUCAAACAGGCGGAGUUUGGCCGGCGAGAAAUUGAAAUCGCAGAGCAAGACAUGUCUGCACUGAUUUCCUUGAGGAAGAGAGCUCAGGGAGAGAAACCACUGGCGGGGGCCAAGAUAGUGGGCUGCACCCAUAUAACUGCUCAGACAGCUGUCUUGAUUGAAACCCUGGUGGCUCUUGGGGCCCAGUGUCGCUGGACUGCCUGUAACAUCUACUCCACUCAAAACGAGGUGGCAGCUGCUCUCGCUGAGAUAGGCGUAGCUGUGUUUGCAUGGAAGGGUGAAUCAGAGGACGACUUCUGGUGGUGCAUCGAUCGCAGUGUCAACACUGAGGGCUGGCAAGCCAACAUGAUCUUGGACGACGGGGGAGAUUUAACUCACUGGGUGUACAAGAAGUAUCCCAGUGUCUUCAAAAAAGUCCGGGGCAUCGUAGAGGAGAGUGUCACUGGUGUUCACAGACUGUACCAGCUGUCAAAGGCUGGCAAGCUGUGUGUCCCUGCAAUGAAUGUGAAUGACUCUGUUACCAAGCAGAAGUUUGACAAUCUGUACUGCUGCCGUGAAUCCAUCCUGGACGGCUUGAAGAGGACCACAGAUAUAAUGUUUGGAGGAAAACAAGUGGUUGUGUGUGGUUAUGGAGAGGUGGGGAAAGGCUGCUGCACUGCUCUUAAAGCCCUUGGAGCCAUUGUGUGCAUCACAGAGAUCGACCCCAUCUGUGCCCUGCAGGCAUGUAUGGAUGGAUUCCGAGUGGUCAAGCUGAGCGAGGUCAUCCGGCAGAUGGACGUGGUCAUAACUUGCACCGGUAACAAGAAUGUUGUUUCCAGAGAACAGCUUGAUCGGAUGAAGAAUGGCUGCAUUGUCUGCAACAUGGGGCAUUCCAAUACUGAGAUAGAUGUGGCAAGUCUACGUAGCCCUGAACUGACCUGGGAGAGGGUCCGCUCUCAGGUGGACCACAUCAUCUGGCCAGAUGGAAAGCGGGUUGUUCUACUGGCAGAGGGUCGCCUCUUAAAUUUGAGCUGUUCUACAGUGCCUACUUUUGUAUUGUCUAUCACCGCUACAACCCAGGCCCUGGCCUUGAUUGAGUUGUAUAAUGCUCCAGAAGGACGGUACAAACAAGAUGUCUAUCUUCUGCCCAAAAAAAUGGAUGAGUAUGUGGCCAGUUUGCACCUGCCAAACUUUGACGCUCACCUGACAGAGCUUUCUGACGAGCAGGCCAAGUACAUGGGGCUCAACAAGAAUGGCCCUUUCAAACCUAAUUAUUACAGGUAUUAAUGAGGAUGUCUGAUACUCAGCCAACACUUGUCCUGGGAAAAACAGAGAUAUCUAUUUUAUUUUCUAAAAACUGCUACAAAAUGGAGGAAUUAUUUUACUUAAGCUGAAUGUAACUUAUUAAACAGCACCUCAGAUGUAGUGUUAAAUAUUUCAGAGUAAUACAUAUCUAGACAGCAUAUAAUAUAUAAUCAGCUAACAUGAUGUCUUGUCUUUACAAACAGCCUGCUUGCAUGUGUUGAUGUGUAAUUAGUUUAUGUUUCUUGAUCACAGAGCUGUCAAUUUAUAUGUUUACUCUAUUUACGCACAGUGCCAAAUGAUGGCCGUAUAUAUGAAACUAAAAAUACCAUUUAUGUUUUGUUUGUCAGUGGCAUUAAUAAUUUAUGGGCACAUUCCUUAAGCCAGAUGUUAGGCUAAGCCAAAGGAAACUGUUAGGAUGAACAUUGUUUUAGGAUUUUUUUUACAGUAUAUGCAUGAAAUAAUCUCGUUAAAUAGAAUCUACCAGCAGGCUCUAAAAAAGUAACAAACGUAUCCAAGAAAGAUGGCACUAAUUAUCUGAACAGUAUGACUGAAUGUUGUUUAUUGAAAACUGUUAUAGACUAGUAUUUUAUUGUAUUUCUAAUUCUGGCUUGUGAAGCUUUAAAUCAACACUGUCCG